AUGUACGAGCAACCGUCGGUAGCAAACAAGAAUUCAACUUUUGAUACUGGAACAAUUCCGGCAUCUUUCCCUUCUCUGAGCGAGAAGAGUAGGGAUUCACGGCUGAGCUUUGCCAAGAGUGUGGAUUUCACAAAAGUUGCUUAUGUUCCAAAUUCUCGGAGAAAAUGCUCGAAAAUUAAGUCUUUUCCGGUGGUUAAUAGUUCUGUCUCAGGAUCUGAUACCGUUGAGGUGGAACCUGCUUCUGAAGGAAGCCCUCUCUUAGUUCCGAGGCAGAAGUAUUGUGAAUCAAUUCAUAAGACUGUUAGGAGAAAAACUCGAACCGUGAUGAUCGGAAAUGUAGCUCUUGGCAGCGAGCACCCCAUCAGAAUUCAGACGAUGACUACCUCUGACACCAAAGAUGUCGCUAAAACCGUUGAGGAGGUGAUGAGAAUAGCAGAUAAAGGUGCAGAUUUGGUCCGGAUAACAGUUCAAGGAAAGAGAGAAGCAGAUGCUUGCUUUGAUAUUAAGAAUACUCUUGUUCAGAAAAAUUAUAAUAUUCCUCUGGUGGCAGACAUUCAUUUUGCCCCUACAGUUGCAUUGAGAGUGGCUGAAUGUUUUGAUAAGAUUCGUGUCAAUCCUGGAAAUUUUGCUGAUAGGAGGGCCCAAUUUGAAAAGCUAGAAUAUACAGAUGAUGACUAUCAGAAGGAGCUUGAGCAUAUUGAGCAGGUUUUUACUCCAUUAGUAGAGAAAUGCAAAAAGUAUGGACGAGCAAUGAGGAUUGGAACAAAUCAUGGAAGUUUAUCUGAUCGCAUAAUGAGUUACUAUGGCGAUUCUCCUAGGGGAAUGGUUGAAUCUGCCUUUGAAUUUGCAAGAAUUUGCCGCAAGCUAGACUUUCACAAUUUUGUGUUCUCAAUGAAAGCAAGUAACCCAGUAAUCAUGGUCGAAGCAUAUCGGUUACUUGUUGCAGAAAUGUAUGUGCAAGGGUGGGACUACCCUUUGCAUUUGGGGGUUACUGAAGCCGGUGAAGGUGAAGAUGGACGUAUGAAAUCUGCAAUUGGCAUUGGAACUCUUCUUCAGGAUGGUUUGGGGGAUACCAUCAGAGUUUCACUCACUGAACCACCAGAAGAAGAGAUUGACCCUUGCAGGAAAUUGGCGAACCUUGGCAUGCUAGCUUCAAAUUUUCAAAAAGGAGUGGCUCCUUUUGAAGAGAAGCAUAGACGUUAUUUUGAUUUCCAGCGGAGAAGUGGUCAACUACCAGUGCAAAAGGAGGGUGAGGAGGUUGAUUAUCGAGGGGUUCUGCAUCGGGAUGGGUCUGUUCUUAUGUCUGUAUCUUUAGACAACUUGAAGACACCAGAACUUCUGUACAAGUCUCUUGCAGCGAAGCUUGUGGUUGGCAUGCCAUUUAAGGAUUUGGCAACAGUAGAUUCAAUUCUGCUCAGAGAUCUUCCCCCUGUGGAAGAUGUUGAUUCUAGGUUGGCUCUCAAAAGGUUGAUUGAUAUCAGUAUGGGAGUUUUGGUGCCUUUGUCAGAACAACUUACAAAACCACUUCCUAAUGCUAUUGCCCUUGUAAACCUUAAGGAACUUACAACUGGGGCCUACAAGCUUUUGCCUGAAGGCACUAGGUUAGCUGUGACUAUUCGUGGGGAUGAACCCUACGAGGAGCUAGAAGCCCUUAAAGGUGUUGAGGAUAUAACGAUGUUGCUGCAUGAUUUGCCAUACAGCGAGGAAAAGAUCAGCAGGGUUCAUGCAGCAAGAAGGCUGUUCGAGUAUUUAGAAGAAAAUUCUUUGAACUUCCCAGUUAUCCACCACAUACGGUUUCCUGAAGGAACAGAAAGAGACGACCUAGUUAUUGCUGCUGGAAGCAAUGCCGGUGCCCUUCUUGUUGAUGGGCUUGGUGAUGGCAUAAUGCUUGAGGCUCGUGACCAAGAUUUCGAUUUCUUGAGAAAUACAUCUUUCAACUUACUUCAGGGCUGCAGAAUGCGAAACACAAAAACUGAAUAUGUUUCAUGCCCAUCUUGUGGUCGUACACUCUUUGAUCUUCAAGAAAUAAGUGCUGAGAUAAGAGAAAAGACAUCACAUUUGCCUGGUGUUUCUAUUGCUAUCAUGGGUUGUAUAGUGAAUGGGCCAGGUGAGAUGGCCGACGCAGACUUUGGGUAUGUCGGUGGUGCGCCAGGGAAAAUUGACCUCUAUGUUGGGAAGACGGUGGUGAAGCGAGGUAUUGCAAUGGAGCAAGCAACAGAUGCUUUAAUACAGCUAAUAAAAGAACAUGGACGUUGGGUGGAUCCCCCAGAAGAAGAAGAAUAGAACAAGGCAGUAGUAUCCUGAGGUAAAACUGGGGGUAUAUGUAUUUGAAUUUAUAUUGUACUUUUGUAUUCACAGUGUACCCUUUGUAUGAAAAUCGAUUCACAUAUCUAUGUAACAACAGUUCUGAAUAAAUGAAUGGUUCAUUUAGGCUUUCAAGUGCC